AUGGACUCACUCGCCGAAGAGAUAGGCAAGCCGCCAUACCGGAUCACAGCCUUGACUAGUGUUCACCAACAUGGGCUUGAUCUUCUGCAGCAGAUUCAGUCCGGUGCCGCAGUUGACAUCCCCACGGCUACCCGAACAAUCGACAAGCUCGAGGCGUUGGCUUCCACAUGUUUCAACGCGUACGACAAUGAAUUCAUUCUCUUUGUAACCGGCUCAGGCGCGAGUCUUGGUAGUCUUAUGACAACCAUUUGGGAGCUGAAGCGCGCCGUGUUUUCUCAGCGGACGACGUCUCGGUCAGAAGUUUUCAAUGUGUGUCUGUUUUGCGCUUGGGCUUUGAGGCGGGUUGGGAAUGGAAUUGUUGGAAAGUAUUCUUGGAGUUCGUGGCAGGGGUCGCAAUGGAUUGCUAACAGUUACCUCUGUGCCAUUGACAACUGGCCUGACUUUCCCGCCUUGAAGCAGAAAAAGGCGGUGGAUUUGAAUCCACUUCGUCCUAGAUCGGAAAACACUAAAGUUGGGGUCAGGAUUGAGUUCCGUUAUGUGCCCCGAAAGGCAACCGGGAACGACGUUCGACCAGAGCUGACACAUGCUCUUGAAUAUGGCUCGGUGUUUCUGUCAACUACCUCCCCAUGGUAUUCGACGCCUGUGUGGCAGUUUAUGGUUGAAUCUGGGAAUAAGCAAGUCGCAGACGAGUUACAAAUCUUCUCCCCACCACAGCAGGAGCCAUGGUCAGCCCCCAAUAUCAGCUUCACCCAAUCCAUCCUCAACGCAGCACGACCAGCAACCACGAAAUUCAAACCAACCCGCCUCCUCUCCCUCCCCACAUCCCCCAGCUCGGCCAUCAAACUCACCACCACCACCCAGCUCCCCCAUCCCAUUCAAUACGCAGCCCUAAGCUACUGUUGGGGUCCCUCUUUAGACGCGAUCCAGCAAACAACCCUCACAACCUCCUCCCUCCCCUCCCGUAUGACCAGCAUUCCCCUUUCCGACCUCUCCCCUGUCAUGCUUGACGCAGUAAAGGUCUGCCGCUCCCUUGGCAUCCCUUACCUCUGGAUCGACGCUUUAUCUAUCAUCCAGAACAGCAAGACAGACUGGGAGUUUGAGUCACAACAAAUGGCGUGGAUCUAUGAACAUUCUUACCUUACCAUCUGCACCGCGUGUUCGUCAUUCUGUCUGGAGGGGUUCCUGUCCAAGCGAGCUGUUUACCCUGAAUAUAGGUACACAUCCCCUGCCAAGGGCAUAGUUAACGGGGUGUUUACACUCCGAUCAGUGCCCAGCAACAGCGAUGGGACGCUGGCAGCAAAGGCAUCCUCCCCACCGCUAGAGCAGGAUCUAUCCGUCACGAGCUGGAGCGAAAGGGGGUGGGUAUUUCAGGAAGGGGCCAUGUCCACCAGCAAAUUAUUCUUCGGCAAGUCGAUGCUUCACGUCCAAACCAACUCUCUUGUCCUCUCCGAAAACGGCCACCAAUCUGAAGUAAAAGCCAACAACAACCACGACGACCGCAACACAUCACCCAACACCACCCCCCUUUCCCUCCUCCCCCUCCCCCUCCUUCACGGCGACAAGACCAACAACCGCUACGACCUCUGGCUAUCCGUCGUCGUGAAAUUCGUGCACUCGAAAUGGACAAUAGAAGAGGACCUCCUCCCCGGUUUGUCCGGUCCGGCCUCCAGAUUCAACGACAUCCUGCCCCCCAACGACGCCUACCUCGCGGGACACUGGCGGUCCGACCUCCACGCCAGCCUCCUCUGGGUCGCCGGCCGCUGUGGUCACCACCCCCGUCCCAACACCCUCCCAUCGCUGCUGCAAUCCCUCCAAAAAGGCAACCCCCUCCGCUGCCCCAGCUGGUCCCGGCCAGGCCGCAGGGACGACAUCUUCCGCUUCGUGCACAGCCUACCCGACAGGAGGAAAUGUCGUGUCCGAACCCACCUGCGGCCGGAGUUCAGCCUAGUCAAAUCAAACGUGCAAGCGGAGGGGGGGGAGGUGAACCCCUUUGGGAGGCUGACCCCGGAGUUCACCACCGAGAGCGCGGAGUGGCGGUGCGCAAACGCCGAAAGGGGAUACCUCAUCAUGGUGUCGCAUGACUGGGAUGAUGAUGCUGCUGGUGGAUCUAACCCAGCGGUGACGACAGAGGAGGAAUUGUCAAAGAUCAAGCUGCUUCUGCUGUCGAGCUGCUGCUCGUUGUCCGAGUUGCCUGCUGGCAGCAUCAAACCAGGUGCAGAAGCAACGACCAAAAUUCUCUUUCCAACAGAACACAGCGAGACAUUUCUCGACGACCCAGACUUUCAGUCGGGAGGGGUGGGGGGACUUGCUCGGAGGCACUACAGGGUGGGCAUCUUUUACUCUCGUGCUCAGCACGGUGGCUCGGAAGUGUCCAACAAGGCAGAAACGUGCGAGGUUGAACUCAUGUAG